AUUUUUUCUUUUUUCUUUAUUUUUUUUUAUAUGUCUCCACAUUCCAUCAGUAAAAUUCGUCCUCAGCAAAAAUUACCAACAAAACAACAUUGUCAAAAAGUAUGUCAAGCACUUUUAAAAAGUUAUCCUGAAGAAAAGAAUGGAUUUAUUUAUCAUCGAGGGGCGAUCUAUGCAAAUAGACAUGAUACUGAUAUUGAAUUAGAUUAUCGUCAAGAAAGUUACUUUUUUUAUCUUACUGGUGUAGAAGAUCCUGGUUAUCAUGUACUUAUUCAUAUUAAUACAACAACCGUUUAUUUGAUUACGCCAUCUAUUGAUUAUACUGAAUAUUUAUGGAAAUGUCCUCCUGCUUCUCCCAACAAAUUAUUACGUAUGUAUGAUAUCGAUAAUGUCAUGAAUGAACAAGACCUUGUUACUUUUUUACAUCAAAACAAUCCUUCCAUCAUUUAUACUUUGGAUACUGUCAAUACUUCCAUCAUUCCAUCUUCUUUUUGUUUGUCCAACCAACUCGACUCUCAAGACCCUCGUUUUUUCCUUCUUCGUCAAGUAUUGGAUGAAUCUCGACUGAUCAAAUUCCCUUGGGAAAUCAAAUUAUUACGAAAAGUCGCUCAAGCCAGUUCUCAAGCUCAUAUUGCUCUGAUGCAAGAAGCUCAUCCUCAUCAACGUGAAUCUGAUCUAGUAGCCUUAUUUCAUUGGAUUUGUUCUCGUCAUGGUCUUACUCGUCAAGCCUAUGUACCUAUUGUUGUUUCUGGAAGAAGAACUGCUGUCUUACAUGAAACUAGACAUAAACAUUAUCUUCCUUUAGAUGAUCCACAUGCUAUGGUUUUGGUAGAUGCUGGUGGUGAAAGAUUAUGUUAUGGUACUGAUAUUACUCGAUGUUAUCCUGUUUCUGGUGUAUUUUCCAAAGAAUCAAAAACUAUUUAUGAAAUUGUAUUGAAAAUGCAAGAGACAGUGUUAGACAAUCUGAAACCUGGUGUCAUGUGGGCUGAUAUGGAAAAAUUAGCUAUUAAGAUCUUAUGUCAAGAAUUAUGUCGCAUUGGUAUCUUAUUAGGUGAUGAAGAAGAAUUACUUGAAUUGAAUAUUCCCACUACCUUUUAUUUUCAUGGACUCGGUCAUUCAGUUGGAUUAGAUGUGCAUGAUGUUGGCGGUCGAAAAAGAAGAAAACAAGAGCAUGAUGAUGAAGAGGAGGAAAGUUUAUCGACAUUUUUGGUAGAUCGUCCAUUAGAAGCAAAUAUGGUAUUGACGGUAGAACCUGGGAUGUAUUUCAAUGAUGCAUGGAUCAACACUUGGACAGAAUGCCCUGGAUAUGAACAUUAUUUUGACAUGGAUAGGAUACGACAAUAUAGUGUAGUAGGUGGUAUUCGAGUGGAAGAUACUGUAGUGAUUACUGAUUCUGGUUAUGAAAAUCUGACUACUGCUCCCAAAACAGUACAAGAUAUUGAAAAGAUCAUGGCUUCUGGUGCAGGCCAUAGAAUCGAUAAUAGCAAUAUGUUACAUUCCUUUUGGUAGAUCCUUCUCUUCUCUCAGUUGUAUUUUUGUUUUUUUUAUACAUAUAUCCUCAUCUCAUCUUCAUUCCUGUACUUUAUAUGCAUAUGAUAUUCCCUUUAUUAUCUCAUUUACAUAUUGUUUUUUUCUUUUCUUAUAAUAAAGCAUUUUUCAUUCCAAUAUCACAA